AUGGCUUCCGGUCACAAGAGGCAGAUCAGCAAGGCCAAUGGCCAGGAGAUCAACGUCGAUGUUCUUGUCAUCGGCGCUGGCCCCACAGGUCUCGGUGCUGCGAAGCGCCUCAACCAGAUUGUACGCCCUGCCCACCAUACCAUCGAACCCUACACCACAUCGCUGACAGAAUCAGGACGGCCCUUCAUGGAUGAUCGUCGACAGUGAGUAGAGCUGCGAAUCGCCAGACAUGCGGGCAAUUGCUGAGAUCCACAGACAACGAGAUCCCAGGAGGUCUCGCCUCGACAGAUGUCACUCCAGAGGGUUUCGUGAGUCUCCACCUCUUCAGUGUAGAGUGAAGAGUCGACAGCACACUGACAAUCUGCCAGCUCUACGAUGUCGGCGGACACGUCAUCUUCUCCCACUACAAGUACUUCGACGACUGCAUCGACGAGGCUCUGCCCAAGGAGUCCGACUGGUACCACCACCAACGCAUCUCCUACGUUCGCUACAAGGGCAACUGGGUCCCAUACCCCUUCCAGAACAACAUCUCCAUGCUGCCAAAGGACGAUCAGGUCACCUGCAUCGAGGGCAUGAUCGAUGCAGCCCUGGAGGCAAGAGUGGCGAGCACAAAGCCAAGGGACUUUGACGAGUGGAUUCUGCGGAACAACGGCGAGGGUCUCGCCAACAUCUUCAUGAGACCGUACAACUACAAGGUCUGGGCGGUGCCAACGACCAAGGUGAGACAAGAGCACGAGACCAAUGUUGCAGGACAAGCACUGACAGCACGCGACAGAUGCAGUGCGCAUGGCUCGGCGAGCGUGUGGCUGCUCCCGAUCUCAAGAAGGUCACCACCAACGUGAUCCUCAACAAGACCGCCGGUAACUGGGGUCCCAACGCUACCUUCCGUUUCCCAGCCCAUGGCGGUACUGGUAACAUCUGGAUCAGCGUCGCCAACACCUUGCCAAAGGACAAGACUCGAUUCGGCAAGCACGGCGAGGUUCAGCUCGUGGACGCCGAGAACCGACGUGUCCUCCUCGGUGACGGCACCACCGUCAACUACCAGAAGCUCGUCUCCACCAUGGCCGUCGACCACCUCGUCGAGGCCAUGAAGGAUGAGCAGCUCAUCAAGCUCAGCAAGGGUCUGUUCUACAGCACCACCCAUGUCAUUGGUGUGGGGAUCCGUGGUGAGCGCCCAGAGCGCAUUGGCGACAAGUGCUGGCUGUACUUCCCAGAGGACAACUGCCCCUUCUACCGCGCCACCAUCUUCUCCAACUACUCGCCACACAACCAGCCCGAGGCCUCCAAGAAGCUCAAGACCAUGCAGCUCGCAGACGGCAGCAAGCCAGCCAGCAGCGAGGAGAAGGAGGGUCCAUACUGGAGCAUCAUGUUGGAAGUCUCCGAGUCCAGCAUGAAGCCAGUCGACCGCGCCAACAUGCUCAAGGACUGUAUUCAGGGCCUCGUGAACACCGAGAUGCUCAAGCCAACCGACGAGAUCGUCUCCACCUACCACCGCGCUUUCGAGCACGGCUACCCCACACCGACUCUCGAGCGUGAGGGUGUGCUCAAGCAGCUCCUGCCCAAGCUCCAGGACCUCGACAUCUACUCCCGUGGCCGCUUCGGCAGCUGGAGGUACGAGGUCGGCAACCAGGACCACUCAUUCAUGCUGGGUGUGGAAGCCGCCGACCACAUUGUCAACGGUGCCGCGGAGCUGACCCUCAACUACCCCGACUUCGUCAACACCCGUGCCAACGUCGAGCGAAGACUGGUGGACGGCGCCCAGGUCUUCAACCGCCACAAGAUCAACAGCAACGGCAUUCCCGUGCGGCCCAAGGACGGCGAUCAGAAGGUCGUGCAGAACUAG